AUGGAGCGGAAUACGCGGCUUGCGAACGAUCUGCAAAUCUUGAGGUGCUUCUGGCUCUCUAAAUUACCCCUUCCCGAAGGCGUUGUUCCCAGCAUCGUGGAGGAAACUCUGAGAGAGAAGGACCGAAACAUUACGCUUCUGAAUGAUCUUGCUACACUGCUGUGUACCGGAGAAAAGGGUCAUUCAUUGGCCAUCACGAUGGAUAAAACUGAGGAGGGGUGGAGAUUCACGCUUGCAACAGCGGCCGAGCCUUUGGAAAGUGAGCGGCAGGUGGUCAAUAACCUCUUUCGGCUAUUUCAAGACAAGAACACCCACAUGGAGAGCCUUUUCAACACAGCCAUUUGCACCGGCGUGGAGCGGGUCAAGAAAUUGAUCGGAGACGUAAAGACGCACCUCAAGUUCUUCACAGAGGCGUCAUUCAUACGCGAGGUUGACAUGUGGGGAGACUGCAAAACGGAGAUACCGAGACUUGAAUGGGUCCAGGAGCAAUUUGAAGCAAGAGAAUCCCUUUCCCCCGCUGACUAUCUGAAGCGACUUUUCAUGGCGCUGCGUGAGGAUAUACAUUCACUGGUCGGCACCAUCACGCCCGAGAAUAUCAAGGAGGGAACGACGUUGACUCGAGUAUACCGCACGUGUUGCCUCUGUGAUGUCUUGGGGCGAUCGCGAUUCUUCCGCCGCCUCACUCAACUCCGCAGAUUCGACGUCUGUCGGCACCAUUCCGCUAGCCUGAUGUCUGCACUGUUGGCUCUCGGUCGAUACGCCGGGGCGGCAGCUCGGACUUCGAACUUGAUUCCUACCCUGGAAGGAACCAUUAGCUAUAUGUGGGAUACAGACAUCGCAGUCCCUCCAGCGUUCCGAGUUCUCGAUCUUCAGCCUACCGUCUACGACGCUUUGGCAACCGGGGGAUUCAUCGAACAAUCGUCCGGCGAGGAACAGGAGGACGACAGAGCAGAAGUCGACUACGUGCUCAAGCUCACUUCAGGGCUCGGGAACGACACAGCCACUGUAUGGAACGACCUAGCCACUGUCUUCCUCCACCCGGAGGUGCGACUUAUCCUCCUCGCCAACGCCACCACCGAGCGCAUCGUGGGCGCCAGCGACGACCUCUGCUUCUGCUGCAAGCGGUGGGUGGAAUACCACAACGAGUCGACUGAGCGCAAGUGGCACGUCCGCCCGGGGCUUGAUAUGCCGGACCCUACCUGGAUGUAUCCACCCGAGCACCCAUGUAACUCAAAAGUCGGUGCGCUUGUUGUCGAAUGGACUCAUCGACUGGUGUCAUUCCGCAUCUAUGGCCUUUCGGUUCGUGGACGGCUUCUAAGGUAG